ACAUGUUCAAGCAAAAAUAAAGAUUAAAACAAUAAAAUAAAGUUGAACAAACUUUAUUACCGCGGUAGGGUCUCACGUAUUUAUCAAUACAUGAUGGUGUUGUGGCAGACUCGCUCGUAUUUUUACGACGUAGGUGAGGUUAGAGUUCAACAAAUACUGAUGAUGUCAUCACCUAAAGAUGGCUGAAGGAGAAGGAUGGUGGGGAGGCUGGCUUCAGCAAAGCUUCCAGGCCGUCAAAGACAAGUCAUCUGAGGCAUUCGAGUUUAUAAAGCGAGACUUGACUGAGUUCUCCACAGUGGUGCAGCAUGACACGGCGUGUUCAAUUGUGGCCACAGCUACUGCUGUCAAAAAUAAGCUUGCAGUUGAAGGCUCAUCAGAGACCACAGAGAAGGUGAAGAAGAGCCUUUCUAGUUUUUUGGGAGUCAUAACAGACACGCUCGCGCCACCCCCUGAUAAAACUAUCGACUGUGAUGUUAUCACGUUGGUGGCGACACCAGCAGGAACUACAGAAGUGUACGACAGCUCAAAGGCACGCUUCUACAGUCUUCAGGCCGAUCCCGCCACGUAUUGCAAUGAGCCUGAUGGUCCCCCAGAGCAAUUUGACAACUGGCUAUCCAGCUUCAGUAUGGAGGAUAAGAAAGGAGAGAUCUCUGAGCUGUUGGUCAGCAGCCCCUCGGUCCGAGCGCUUUACACGAAAAUGGUUCCAGCAGCGGUCACCCAUUUGGAGUUCUGGCAGAGGUACUUCUACAAAGUUUUCCAGCUAGACCAGGAGGAGGCACGUCGAGUGGCACUGAAGCAGAGGGCAGAACAGACUGCCCAUGUGGAGACCCUUGACUGGGAAGAAGAAGAAGAGGACGACUUUCUUGGUACCGCAUCAUCAUCAUCAUCUCAGCUUAACUUAACGCCCCCUUUGGACACGAGCUCGACACAGGCGCUUACACCCUCGAUGACCCCCACAGCAAUCGCACAGCUGAGUAGUAGCGCCCUCUCUCCGAGUGAAGAGCUUGACGCCACCCUCUCCAUUAGCAGCAACAGCGUCAGUCUGCCAACGCAGCAGGAGGUGCAGCCUGAGUCCGCCGUCACCGAGUUGGCAAAAAAGCUGACCGAGGUGACUGUGGAUGAUGUUGCAGACGAGACACAAAAGGUGCAGAAGCCUGAGCGGGCACAAAUAGAAACUGGAAAGCCCCAUGUAGUCACUGUGGACAGGGUGACAUCGCGGACCCCAAAAGCGGAAGCUGCAAAAGACGAGGGACCCCAAGACCUGAGAGUGUUUGAGCUGAACUCCGACAGUGGCAAAUCUACACCUUCCAACAACGGAAAGAAAGGUUCGAGUACUGAUGUGAGCGAGGACUGGGAGAAAGAUUUUGAUCUCGACAUGACAGAAGAAGAGGUUCAAAUGGCGCUCUCAAAAAUUGAAGCGUCUGGAGAGUUGGAAGAAGACUGGGAGAACUGGGAAUAAGAGACUCAGCAACAGCCACCAUGUGUCUGCCAUCCAAGCUCGUUGUCAGCGGAUGACCCAUGCGUUAAAUCUUUGUCUAUAUUGUCUGUCGCCUUGUCAUAAUUGUCAGUUGGACAUUUUCUAGCUGGGUUUGGACCAGGUUCUGUUAUAAAGUGAGACAGGAUUUAGGCAGGCCCUCUAAGUUAGACAAUGUCACAUAAUAUAGGCCCUGACUAUUUCUUGGAGUUACUUUGCAACGCUUGAGGGGUAAGACACUAGCGAUAGAUGGAAGUUGUAAAGAUGUUUUGUCACAAUGGGAGGAACAUCUUCAUCUUUUUUUUCUUUUUAUUACUAGUACAUGUAUAUUUUUGCUUGCUUAACUGCAGGCUAGAAAUAGCAUAUAAAUGCUGCUUGUCACCGUUGUGAGAUAAUAUUCUACAGCAGUGAUCUUUCAUUAUAAUUAAAGAGAGAAUAAUUAAGCCUACCAUUGACUACAAUUAUGUCUCGUUUUUUUAUGCAAUCAUUUAUGUCUGUAUAAGCCAUCUGUUCUGAACAGUUUUGAGGAAUUUAAAAUGCUGAAUCUUGUUAUAGACUUGUUUUGGUCAGUUCACUGCUUUCUUGUUCUUCUGUCCGUUUUAAUCUGUGAGAGAAAUGCUGGAGAUAACAACAGCUGUUAAAUGAUUUUAGUUUCUCAGGUGGCUUAUCAAUAAACUAAGUACACAGCAA